CGUGCCGACGAACAGACCGCACAAAGCGUAAUGUAAAAGAAUUGAAAAAAAUCAUCAAGUAUAGAGGCCAAACCAAACGCAGCAGUCGGGGGCGAAUUAUAAAGUAAUUUAUAUUCUUAGCAACUAAAUGCACCGUGUAAUGCGUUGUGCAUGCGAGCGGUAAGCAAAUUGCGGAGGCAAAAAUUAAAGCCGAUAAACGGCUUCUAAACGGCGAAACACACACGCACACGCCCGCGUUGAGAGAGCCCCUAACACACUAACGUACACACACAUAUAUAUGUACAUCUACACAACUACAAGCGUGUGCCUUGGCAGGUGAGAAGGAGGCGGCAAAGCCCCGAAAAAGAAACAUUAGCCGCCACAAAAGACAGCAGCAGGCGAAGCAAAACAAAAGGCAAGGAAAGCCGAAGGAAGUACCCAAGGACAGAGACCGGAACCCAUCCAUAAUUAGACCCAGUUUGGCGACAGAAAGAAAACGUUCCACACAGUUGAUGCCAACAGCAUUGUCACACUGAGCGCAGGAGCAGGUGUAGCAGUAGCAGCUGGAGGAGCACUACGCUGCCAUUGGAGCGGGAUUGGAGGCACCACCAACAACAAUCACAAUAGAAGCAGCGUAUUUGGCGAAAAUUUUGCAUUGAUGGUAAUGCAUGCUAGAAAACCGCAGCGUAUGAACGAUGGGUACUUUGAGAAGCAUACCAGUCACACUUCCUACCAGAGCUCAAAGUACAGCAGUUCAAAGCGCGACUAUGAACGUGAUCGUUCCUCCAAUUAUCGCGAUCGCGACCUCUCGCCGGGUGGCAGUGGCGGCGGCGGUGGAGGCGGCGGCGGCGGCACCGGUGGAGGUGGUGGCAGCAGCAGCGGCAACGGCGGCAGCGGCGGCCCACUAAACAAUGGCAACAGCUAUCGCUCCCAAUCGCCCGACAUCGAUUCCCCCUCAUCGAGAUCACACGAUCUGCGGGAUCGGAACGAUCAUCGGGGCAGCGGCAGCGGUGGCGGCGGCAACGGCGGUGGUGGCGGCAGUGGUCGUGGCGGUAGCAACGAGCGAUACAGCUUCAUACAAAAGAUGCGCGAUCGGGAUCGUGAUGUCUACAAGAAGGAUAAAUAUUCCGAUAAAAGAGAUCGACGUGGCAACGAUCGGGACUCGGAAUCGUAUCGCACUAAUCAUGACAGGGAUCGUCGUGGCGGUGGCGGUGGCAGCGGUGCCAGCAAACUUUGCUCCUCCCGCGAGAACGACAAGCGUUCCGGCUCUGAUGAUCGCGAUCGGGAGAGAGAUCGUGAUUUGCGCGAUAUGCGCGACAAGCGAGAUCGUGGCUCUGAUCGGGACAGGGAUAUGUACAAGAAGGAUAAGUAUGCAGACAAGCGCGAUCGCAGCGACAGGGGCGAGCGUACGGCGCGCUAUGGCGACUGGAGUGAACAUGUCAGCUCGUCGGGAAAAAUGUAUUAUUACAACUGCAAAACGGAAAUUUCUCAGUGGGAGAAGCCAAAGGAAUGGGUGGACAGAGAAAGGAAUUUGCCGCGUGAUCAGCAUAGGGAGAAGGACUAUCGCGACAAGGAACGUGACCGAGAUCGCGAUGAUCGCUUCAGCAGGUCGACAUACAAACAUUCCAAUUCUUCGCGGGAUAAUACACGACUGAGAUGGAGCUACAAUGAUGACGUGGGCCCGCCGAGUCAUCGGAGACGUUUGGAUGGUCGACAUAACGAGAAUGCUGAUAUGGAUAUUAGCGGAGAUUCGACGCCCACCUCAGAGGCCAGCUAUUCCUUGAGCGGCACCCCCACCACGCAUGGCGGCACCGGGAUGAGUGGAGGAGGAGGCGGCGGCGGUGGCGGCAACGGCAGCAAUGCCGCAAUGGAUCAACCCAUGGGUAAUGCACUGCCUCGCCUGGCGUCACAUCCAAAUACCGGGAGCUCCUCGGGAGCUGGAGGAGCGCCAAUGGGAGGAGCAGCGGCAGCAGCAGCGGCAGCGGCUGCGAUGCACUACAGCGGUGGUGGGCCUGGUGGCGGGGGACCCGUAACCGGUGCCACCAUGUUGCCCACCAGCGGACUCUCCUCGGUGCCGCCAAGCAUUGCCAAUAGCAGCAGCAACAGCAACAGCAGCAGCCUUAGAAACUCAGUUGUCGGCCACAUAGGCUCCACCUCCAGCACAACUGUGCCAACGCUGUCGAAUCAGGAUCCCCACCAGCAGCAGCACCAACACCAGCAUCACCUAAACUCGAAUGCUCCGUUGCCGCCUGGCAGCAGCAAGGGACGCCAGAAGAUGCAUUUGGGUAUGAGCGUGCACGACCAUGGACAACACAACUCAUCUGUGAAUGCUUCAGGGUCCGAUGCAUUGGUGAAUCACGCCUACAAUUCGGUCAAUAAUUCAGUCGCCGGCAAUAGUUUAAACAGCUUAAGGGACAAUAACAGCAUCAAUUCCCCACUGUACAUGUCGCAUCCCCAUCACAAUCUGUCGCCCCCGCUGAACUACACCAAGAGUCCCAUACCAACGAUUGUGGGCAUCACGAACACAGGAACGGUUGUGAAUGCCGCCAAUAUGGCCAGCAUUAUUGGAAAUUCAUAUACCUGCCAGGCGACGUAUGGCCCGAUCAAGACUGUUGUCGACGGGGGUGUCUCACCGGCAACGCCGGGCGGUGGCGGUAAUGGUAACAGCCAAAAUAUUGUACCCGGCCUUGGGGCCGUCAGUGGGAUCAGUGUGAUCACCUCGAUGGGCAGCAACAGUGUAGCGGGCGUCAUGUCGCUUGGGGAUGGUGGUCCGCCCACACCUACCAUGGAAUUAGAUUUAAGCUCAGCUUUAGAACAACAGCAGCAGCAGCAACAGGUGGCGAUGGCCGCCACAAUGGCUGCGGCAGCCCUUGCAGCGGCCCAGGCUUCAGUCCAACAGCAACAGCAGGCGGCGCAGCAGGCCCAACAGCAGCGAAAGUUGGAUGGGGCCUCGGGCGCACUUAGCUCAUUGCAGAGCUGUGUGGGCUCCUCAGUGCAGGCGGCAAAUCUGCGGGGGCCGGAGAUAUCGCCAAAGUUGGCCAAAUACUUUCGCGCUGAUUUGAUUGCGCAUGUGACCAAUUGGCAGGCUGAGAUACUGGAGCGUCAGGUAAGCUUUGAGGCGCAAAAAUGCUGCGAGGAUACGCAUCUCUUUGGGGAUAUCACCUGCACGAGAAUUUGCGCGGAACUGAAAUGCGCCCGGAGUCUAGUGCGCAGCACCGAGAUCAAUGCCACACUCCAGGAACAGAAAAUCAUGUAUCUGCGGCAGCAAAUCCGACGGAUUGAGGAGUCGAAGACUCAGAACGCGUUUAUGUCUGACGAUACUUAGGAUCAGGAGCAGGUUAGGCUGCGCGUGCAUCGCAAGCUGUCUGUCAGGCUCAAAAAGAGCAUUUUCUGGCGCAGCUGAUGAUGAUUGCGAUGAUGUGUUGAUGAAAUGCCCAGAACCCACCCAGCAGCAUUGCCUUUUGAUCGCACCCUCCCCCCAUCUCCCACUUUGGCGAUGAUGCGGGGACUACGAUGGUGAUUGUGGGUGGGAAGGGGCCAACAAUGACACCACACACACACACGUGCAUCCUGCUGCUCUGCUCCUCCACUCGACUCGACUCUCAACACUAGGCGACGCAUCACCCGCCACCCCAAAAGCAAAAACCACACAAUGGAUAUAUCUCUCUUGUGAUGCGCGAGAACUCUCAUGUGUCACCGUUGUGGGUGGCAGCAGCACAAUGGCGGCACAAUUUUACAAAUCUCGGCUGCCGCGCAAGAGAUCCACAGAGAUCCGGAACGAGAGAAACAAAAGAGCUCUACAACAACGAGAAAACAGUUUUCAACAACAAGAUAUAUACAAAAAAAACACAAGCUGUUCAACAAGAGGAAAAAAUAAGCUGUUCAACAAGAAGAAAACCAACUGCAACAAAAACUAAAACAUAAUUUAUAAUUAGCAAGAAAGCGUAAAUUAAAUAAUAAAUUAAAAAACAUUGAAGCAAAGAAGCGAAAGGAAGAAACUCAACAAACAAAAAUCACCAACAAACACCAACAACCAAUAAAAAUAAAGAAAGAUGACUACAAUAUAUAUACAAAUCGAAAACCAAUCAAGAAGCAAUAGAAAUAUAGCCUCGAAAUCGAAUUGAAUCGAAGAUAAAAACACCAAAAAAGAAAUCAACAACAACAACAGAACAGAACACCAACAAAAAGUCAACAUAGUAUACUCAAC